GCCGGGCCGGGGGCGGGAGGGCUUCUGAGGUAGGAAGGGAGGUCCGUUCGGCCGGGCGCGCCGCCCCAGUGCUCUGUGGGAUACUGGAAGUCUCGAGCGUCUCCUCCCGGUUCCCAGCCCUCUUCUGGCCCGCACUCAUAGAAACAGUCACACACCCCCUGCCUCCCCUCUCUUCCCUCUCCGCCUCCCCUUUCCCCCCCUCGCGAUAAGAAGACCCGGCGGCAGGAGAGGGGAUGAAGAUGGCGGACGCGAAGCAGAAGCGGAACGAGCAGCUGAAGCGCUGGAUCGGCUCCGAGACGGACCUCGAGCCUCCCGUGGUGAAGCGCCAGAAGACCAAGGUGAAGUUCGAUGAUGGCGCCGUCUUCCUGGCUGCUUGCUCCAGCGGCGACACGGACGAGGUCCUCAAGCUGCUGCACCGCGGCGCUGAUAUCAAUUACGCCAAUGUGGACGGACUCACUGCCCUGCACCAGGCUUGCAUUGAUGACAAUGUUGAUAUGGUGAAGUUUCUGGUAGAAAAUGGAGCAAAUAUUAAUCAACCUGAUAAUGAAGGCUGGAUACCACUACAUGCAGCUGCUUCUUGUGGAUAUCUUGAUAUUGCAGAGUUUUUGAUUGGUCAGGGAGCACAUGUAGGAGCUGUCAACAGUGAAGGAGACACACCUUUAGAUAUUGCUGAGGAGGAGGCAAUGGAAGAGCUACUUCAAAAUGAAGUUAAUCGGCAAGGGGUUGAUAUAGAAGCAGCUCGAAAGGAAGAAGAACGAAUAAUGCUUAGAGAUGCAAGACAGUGGCUAAAUAGUGGCCAUAUAAAUGAUGUCCGGCAUGCAAAAUCUGGAGGUACAGCACUUCAUGUUGCAGCCGCUAAAGGCUAUACAGAAGUUUUAAAACUUUUAAUACAGGCAGGCUAUGAUGUUAAUAUUAAAGAUUAUGAUGGCUGGACACCUCUUCAUGCUGCAGCUCAUUGGGGUAAAGAAGAAGCAUGUCGAAUUUUAGUGGACAGUCUGUGUGAUAUGGAGAUGGUCAACAAAGUGGGCCAGACAGCCUUUGAUGUAGCAGAUGAAGACAUUUUAGGAUAUUUAGAAGAGUUGCAAAAGAAACAAAAUCUGCUCCAUAGUGAAAAACGGGAGAAGAAAUCUCCACUGAUUGAAUCAACAGCCAAUAUGGACAAUAAUCAGUCACAGAAAACCUUUAAAAACAAAGAGACAUUGAUUAUUGAGCCUGAGAAAAAUGCAUCCCGUAUUGAAUCUCUAGAACAAGAAAAGGUUGAUGAUGAAGAAGAAGGAAAAAAAGAUGAAUCUAGUUGCUCUAGUGAAGAAGAUGAGGAAGAUGACUCAGAAUCAGAAGCUGAAACAGAUAAGACAAAAUCCAUGGCUUCUGUAACUAAUGCCAAUACUUCUAGUACACAAGCAGCUCCUGUAGCUGUUACAACACCUACUGUGUCAUCCGGUCAGGCAACACCUACAUCACCUAUUAAAAAGUUUCCAACUUCAGCUACAAAAAUUUCUCCCAAAGAAGAAGAGAGAAAAGAUGAGUCUCCUGCAUCUUGGAGGUUAGGACUUAGAAAGACUGGUAGUUAUGGCGCACUUGCAGAAAUCACAGCAUCUAAAGAGGCUCAGAAAGAAAAAGACACUGCAGGUGUUAUGCGUUCAGCUUCAAGUCCCAGACUUUCCUCCUCUUUGGAUAAUAAAGAAAAGGAGAAAGAUAGUAAAGGAACUAGGCUUGCAUAUGUCGCACCUACAAUACCAAGACGACUAGCCAGUACAUCUGACAUUGAAGAGAAAGAAAACAGAGAUUCUUCAAGUUUGCGAACAAGUAGUUCAUAUACAAGAAGAAAAUGGGAAGAUGAUCUCAAAAAGAAUAGCUCAAUUAAUGAAGGAUCAACUUAUCAUAAAAGUUGCUCCUUUGGUAGAAGACAAGAUGAUUUGAUUAGUUCUAGUGUUCCAAGCACCACAUCAACACCAACAGUUACCUCUGCAGCUGGGCUUCAGAAAAGCCUGCUUUCCAGCACAAGCACUACUACAAAGAUUACAACGGGUUCUUCCUCAGCAGGCACACAAAGCAGUACCUCAAAUCGUUUGUGGGCUGAGGAUAGUACUGAAAAAGAAAAGGACAGUGUUCCUACGGCAGUGACCAUUCCUGUUGCUCCAACUGUUGUAAAUGCUGCAGCCUCUACCACAACCCUGACUACAACUACUGCUGGCACUGUCUCCUCCACUUCAGAGGUCAGGGAGAGACGCAGAUCAUACCUCACUCCUGUUAGAGAUGAAGAGUCUGAAUCCCAAAGAAAAGCAAGAUCUAGACAAGCAAGACAGUCUAGAAGAUCAACACAGGGGGUGACAUUGACUGAUCUUCAGGAAGCUGAGAAAACGAUAGGAAGGAGUCGUUCUACCCGAACCAGAGAACAAGAAAAUGAAGAAAAAGAAAAAGAGGAAAAAGAAAAACAGGAUAAAGAGAAGCAAGAAGAAAAGAAGGAGUCAGAAACAUCUAGAGAAGAUGAAUAUAAACAGAAGUACUCCAGAACAUAUGAUGAGACUUAUCAACGCUACAGACCAGUAUCAACUUCAAGUUCAACCACUCCAUCCUCUUCACUUUCUACCAUGAGCAGUUCACUCUAUGCUUCAAGUCAGCUAAACAGGCCAAAUAGUCUUGUAGGUAUAACUUCUGCUUACUCCAGAGGAUUAACAAAGGAAAAUGAAAGAGAGGGAGAAAAGAGAGAAGAAGAAAAAGAGGGAGAAGAUAAAUCACAACCUAAAUCAAUCAGAGAACGACGGCGACCAAGAGAGAAAAGAAGAUCUACAGGAGUUUCAUUCUGGACACAAGAUAGUGAUGAAAAUGAACAAGAACAACAAUCAGAUACAGAAGAGGGAUCCAAUAAGAAAGAAACUCAGACGGAUUCCAUUUCUAGAUAUGAAAUCAGUUCUACAUCAGCUAGUGAUCGGUAUGAUUCCUUGCUGGGUCGCUCUGGAUCAUACAGUUACUCAGAAGAAAGAAAACCUUACAGUAGCAGGCUAGAAAAGGAUGAUUCAACUGACUUUAAAAAGCUUUAUGAACAAAUUCUAGCUGAAAAUGAAAAGCUCAAAGCACAGCUACAUGAUACAAAUAUGGAACUGACAGAUCUUAAAUUACAAUUGGAAAAGGCCACCCAGAGACAAGAAAGAUUUGCUGAUAGGUCACUAUUGGAAAUGGAAAAAAGGGAACGAAGAGCUCUAGAAAGAAGAAUAUCUGAAAUGGAAGAAGAGCUCAAAAUGUUACCAGACCUAAAAGCAGACAACCAGAGGCUAAAGGAUGAAAAUGGGGCCUUGAUCAGAGUUAUAAGCAAACUUUCCAAAUAAAAAAAGAAAAAGCAGCAAGUAAUGGAAUUGCACAUAUUAGUAACCCAGUGGACCAUAAUUGACAGUCACUGGAAGCCUGGGAAGAAUCCUUGGAGACUGUCAUUUUUGGAUAUCCUGCCAAAUGCCCUCUUAUCUAGGAGUUUUGUUUUGUUUAAUUUUCUUGUGUUUUUUUUUUUUUUUUUUUUUUUUUUCCUUGUAUCAAGACCAUUGUUUCAUGUUAAUGCAGCUGCUGAGAAGAUUUUUUUUUUUAUGACUGAGAAAACUUGUUUACAGCUCCAGCAUAUAAGGAAAGUGUUCAAGGCCAGAUAUGCCUCAGAUAUUUAACCAGUAAGCCUUAGUUGUACAUAAAUACUUUUGUGUCAACAAAAACUCAGCUCUCACAGAAGACAGUUAUUCAGCAUUUUUUGAUGUGCCACAGUUUCCAGUUUUUCGAUAUUUAAUUUUUUUUUUUUUGCUUUACAUCUGCGUUUGGGUUUGUAUUUUUUCCUUCUAACUCUUCAUGUGGCAGACUCUUCUCCUGUCUCACAGCUUUCUCAUUUACAGCAAAGAACACUUGCUCUUCUGAGAUCAUUGUCAUAUAUUAGGCUAAUGCUGUGUUGUCCCCCACCUGGAACUGAAUUGCUUGGUGGAACAUUUGCUUUCACUGUUUGUGCAAUAUGCAUUUAUUCCUUAUAUGAAUGCUUUAAAGUCAGUUGAGAUUAGAUUCUUUUAAGUCCUGUUUUCUGCCUUCAUUGGUCACUUUUUUGUUUUUGUUUGUUUUUUAUUAUUGUAGUAUAAGAUGUUAGAUUCUUUAAUCUUCACAUUCAUUUUAGCAGGUACUGAGUGAUGCUGUAUAUAUAAAUAAGUGUAUUGUUUUGAUUUUUAGACCACCACAUGGCAUGCUUGACUGUUUUCUUAUUUCAAAUGUCUGUUAAUGCAAAGUAGGCUACUCCAUAAUAGUGUUAAAAACAAAAUUUGCUAACAAUGUGAUAUAAAGACUUUUGAAAUAACACGUUUAUGUGGAGCCCUAUCUUUACAAAAGUUUUCUACUGUAUAAUGCUUUUACUUUUAUUUGCAGUUUUCAUUUGAUAGUAUUCAACCAUAAUUAAAGUUCCAUAAGGUAAUUGCUUCACAUUUCACAUACCUGUAUUUAUCUGAGUGCUGUCUAUAACUGUUGUGCUAGCCAAAGUAAUGCUAUGAAAUCAUUUGCAGACUUAACGUGAGUUCAUGUUAAAUGCACUGUUAUUGCCAUGUGAAGAGGCAGACUUUGAUACCACCAUCAUGUUCAGACCAUUUUAUACAUUUCAGUGGCCUUUUUUUAAAAAAAGCAAAACCAAGUACAUAGUGAAGAUGGCUUUUAUUUGGACAAAUAGCUUUUAUAUUUUCAUUAAACCAUGCAAAAAGUACUCUAUCUGGCACAUAACUGUCUCCUUAACCACUGAACAGUUCAGCCAUUUGAAUAAAUUGUACAUUGUAAAGCUUAUAGUAGCUAAUUGUAUUAUUGAUUGUAUUGUAUACUAUAUUAAAUGUGAAUUUGUACCCCCUUCAUUUUAAAAGGUCAUUGUGUUCUACUGCCUAUUUUAGAUUACUUUGGGGUUGGGAAAGGGUGUUUUGGUAAGCAGGAUUUUAAGUCCUCUCUUUCUUGAUUGGUUUUAUGAAGAUAUAAGGUUAUGCUCUUACUACCAAGCUCAGGAUUCUUGAUUUUUAAAGGUACAAGGAUAGUUGUGGGAAUUUUAUUUUUGGUUAUAUUUGAACUGUAUGAAUGGUUGGUCUGAAUAUAAAGAAUUUCCAUGGUCUUAUGUGGACGUAAAAUAUACAGAUAAUUGGUCAGUUUGAGUGACUGCAACAUGUUCUGGUUGCACAACAGUUAGGCAUGCUAAGGAUUAUAUUUGUGAAGUUUGGAUGCCUGUGAAGAAUGAUUAAAUACAUGUUUCUAAUAUUUUAGUGUUUUGUAUUUAGGUUAUUUAUUCUUUGUAUCUAAAACUGAACAGCUACUGUGCUAUAUUGAUUUUAUUGGUAGUAUUGAGCAGACCUUGUUUCUGCAUGAAACUAGUUGCAAAACCCACUAUUUUGGAAAUAAAAAUGUAUUUUGACAUAUACAAAUAAAAUGAAUAAAACUAUUUUAAAUGUGUGAACUUUUACUGAAGACGUUUAAAACUUUGUUCUGAGAUAUUUAAA